GAUGAAAGUAAAGGUAGAUGACAGGAAGGUUAAUGAAGACACAAAGAUCGGACGGUGGGGAUUGAGUUGUUGCUUGUUCAAAGUUUACGGCUUUUAUAAAUCUUGACUCCAUACUUUCGCUUACUCACACUGUUAAUCCUCCUCAACCUCAACAACAAUCAAACCCACCCUUUGAAUUUUCUCUCGUAAUCAUCUACAAAUCAAACCCCAAUAUUAUUUAAUGUUCGUCAAUCCACUUUUGGCAACAACUAUGAACAACAAAUUGUCACAGAAGAAAACCUACCACUAGACUUUUCAUUUCUCAAUUUUCAAUUCUUAAUUUUUUAUCAAAUCAAUUUUGUACUAGCCCUUGAUGGGGCAUUGCUGCAGCAAAAACGCCGUCGUUGUGAAGCAAGAAACCCCCGCCGGAUCCGCCGGAGAAAACCCACCACCGCCGCGCAGCCCGAAACCGCGUACGCCGUCGCCGGCGGUCGGAAACGGGAUCAACGGGAGGUCCGGGAGCACAACCCCGAAUCACUCUUUCACCGGGAGCCCAUGGCAGAGUUAUCCGGCGGGUGUGCCGCCGACGCCGUCACCGGCGAGGACGCCGAAUCGGAUGUUUAAGUGGCCGUUUCCGCCGCCGUCUCCGGCGAAGCCAAUCAUGACGGCGCUUUUGAAGCGGCAGGGGAAGAAGAAGGAGAAUACUCCGGCGGAGACGGCGGUUAUACCGGAAGGGGAGGGGGGUGAUGGGGAGAGAGCUUUGGAUAAGAGUUUCGGGUACCCGAGGAAUUUCGGGUCGAAAUACGAGUUGGGGAAGGAGGUGGGAAGAGGGCAUUUUGGGCAUACUUGUUGGGCAAAAUGUAAAAAGGGUGUGUUGAAGAAUCAAGCUGUUGCUGUCAAGAUUAUUUCUAAAGCAAAGAUGACGACGGCUAUAUCGAUCGAAGAUGUGCGUAGGGAGGUGAAGCUGUUGAAGAGUUUAUCUGGUCAUCAGCAUAUGGUGCAGUUUCAUGAUGCUUUUGAGGAUGAUCAGAAUGUAUACAUAGUUAUGGAAUUGUGUGAAGGGGGAGAACUUCUUGAUCGUAUUUUAGCAAGAGGUGGAAGAUACACAGAAGUUGAUGCAAAAUCGAUUGUAAUUCAAAUUUUGAGUGUGGCUUCUUUUUGUCAUCUUCAGGGUGUCGUGCACCGCGAUUUAAAACCUGAGAAUUUUCUUUUCAGCACACGGCAAGAAGAUUCCGCAUUGAAGGUUAUAGAUUUUGGUUUAUCGGAUUUUACAAGACCAGAUCAACGGCUUAAUGAUAUUGUUGGCAGUGCAUACUAUGUUGCCCCAGAAGUACUCCAUAGAUCAUACAAUGUGGAGGCAGACAUUUGGAGUAUCGGUGUUAUAACUUAUAUAUUAUUAUGUGGUAGCCGACCUUUUUUUGCUCGAACUGAAUCCGGAAUCUUCCGUUCCGUGUUAAGAGCUGAUCCGAAUUUUAACGACUCCCCUUGGCCUUCGGUAACUCCAGAAGCCAAGGAUUUCGUCAAACGACUUCUUAAUAAGGAUCAUAGGAAAAGAAUGACCGCUUCGCAAGCCUUGACUCACCCAUGGUUAAGAGAUGAAAGUCGUGCAGUCCCUUUAGACAUAUUGAUCUACAAAUUAGUGAAAGCGUAUCUUCGGGCCUCGCCUUUGAAGCGUGCAGCACUUAAGGCUCUCUCAAAAGCUUUGACCGAGGAUGAGCUCAUUUACUUACGGGCCCAGUUUAAUCUAUUGGAACCAAAAGACGGAUGUGUAUCUCUAGACAAUUAUCGAACGGCUCUUGUGAAACAUUCAACUGCUGCCAUGAAAGAAUCAAGGGUCCUUGAUAUCUUGGAUUCGAUGAAGCCUCUCACUUAUACUCGAAUGACAUUUGAAGAGUUUUGUGCCGCUACAAUUAGCCCGCAUCAACUUGAAGCGCUUGAAAAUUGGGAAAUGAUUGCCAGUACAGCUUUUGAAUAUUUUGAACUAGAAGGAAAUCGCAUCAUUUCAGUUGAUGCAUUAGCGCAGGAAAUGAAUGUGGGACCCUCGGCACACUCGAUACUGAAGGAUUGGAUAAGAGGUACAGAUGGAAAACUCAACUUUCUUGGAUAUGCGAAGCUUUUGCAUGGUUUGACGAUUCGUAGUUCCAACACAAGGCAUCAUUAAGACUAAAUAGGAGGAGAUUAUCGUUUGUUUGUUUGUUUGUUUAUUAUUCUUGAUUGUUUUCCGAUGCAUAAACAAAGAAGAUAGGGCGAUGCGAUAUGCCCUUGAGAUUGACUGAUCAUAGCAGCAUGUUGGUGACUUCUGUCAUUUUAGCCAAAUUGAUGUAUUGUGACUGUUGUUUAAAGAAAUUGUAAAGGUCACUUUAUUUUUUCCAGAUUAGUAGCUUUCAUCUUA